UAAAGCAAAAUGGCUACCAUUUACAGCACAAGUAAAUUGUGAUUAUUCGGAAGAUGAGCAAACCCAGGAGGAGGGUGACAGUUGAUACCGGGAAGCCUGUCUCAGAGGAAUCAGAAAAGAGGAAGCCCAGCGUCUUUGAACGACUGGGACCAGGAGGUGGACAGAGAAAAUAUGAGGAGAGAGGUGAAAAGUCUAAGAGCCAGAGUCAAAGUUUAUACCUUGAUAAGUGUCGACACUGGCUACUCACAGGAAAUUGUCCAUUUGGUGCCAAGUGCAAGUUUCAACAUGGUCCCUUCAUAGCCAAGAGACCAACAAAGAACCGUAGCGACGACGACGGAGCAGACGAUUUGCGAUUAAAAGUUAAAGGCAGCACAGAAAGACAUCACCCAGAGGGUUCGGUGUCACCUGAGUCUAGGUCAGGGUCAAGGUCACGUCACGAUAAAGAAACCAAAAUCAAAUCUACAGUUGUUGUCAAAAAUACAACUGGUGGAGAUAGCGGAGACGAGGAUUCCGAAAACUCUGACAACUGGGACGCUGAAGUGUUAGAUUACAAGAAAGAGCUUGAACUUGAAAAGAAGCGUCAAGAAAUUCAGCGAGCGCUGAGCCAACUGGCUGCAUCUGAGGGAGAAGAGAGGGAAAAUAUCACCAUUGAAAAAAAGGUGCCCUCCAAAGAAAAAUAUUGUCAAAAUGUACCAGUAUUUACUGCAAGCAAGGUGAUUCAACCGUUUUCCAGUGAUUACUCAGACUCUGACAGCAGUCCAGAGAGAACCAAAGCUUUGCCAAAGAAGUCACCAAAGAAGGUGUCCCCUCCUAGUAAGAAGAAGGGGGACAAGAAGAAGCACAAGCAGAAGUCUCCUGUUGGUAAAACUAAAGGUCCGCUGCGCAGCCCCAGCCCAGCCGACAUGGGGAAACACAAGGAACACAAGAAGAAGUAUGAUACUGAAGAUGAUUCACCACACAAGACCAAGCACAAGAAGAUGAAGAAGAUGGAUAAAAAACUGGAGAGGUCCCCAGAACCAGACCUGCCAAAAUCAAAGAAAAAACACUCACCGCGGAUUGAUAAAUUUCAUUCUGAGAAGCCAUCAAAGGCUGAUAAAAGACUGUUGAGCCCUGAUUUAGGGUCACCAACUGGCAAAAGGUCACAUAGGUCAUGGUCACCAACAUCAAGGUCAAGGUCAAGAUCUAGAUCCAUCACUCCUAUUCCAGCAAAAAAGCAGAAGAACAUUUCUCCCAAAGUGGUAAAAGAAAAGGUUAAAGGUGAAAAGGUCAAACAGAAGAAGAAGAAAGGAAAGAAUAAACUUGGCGGUGAUGGGUCUGCAGCCAGAGAAAGCACGCCACUCAGACUCUCCGCGGGGUCGGAGAACAUGCCACCAAGGUCGAUGUCCCCGGGGUCACCUCGCCGGAAGGAGCCUCCGGAGCGGGAGUUCUUCAAGGGGAUGUUGCACGACAGGGAGGAGGAGAAGAGGGAGUCGGGGAACAGAAAGAACAAAAGAAAGAGGUCCGAGACUCCACCGCAGCGUGAACGUAUGCCUCCAAGUAGGAGUGACAAUGUGGAGAAACGUAAAGGAGGUCAAAGCCAGGAGCGAAAGUUUUCUCGCAAGGAGCAAUACAAUGCUGAUACCGACAGACCAAAGCAUAGUGAUGACCGUGGCAGGCGAGCAUCACCAGAUUCAUUCCGAUCCGAAGACAGAUCACCCACACCUACUCCUCCCAGUCGAAGAAACCAUUCGCCUGAUGAACCUCAAAGGUCAAGGUCAAGGAGAGGCAGGGAUGAUGACUUUGACGUGAAUCGAUCCAGAGACAGGCGUACGCCCGAUGAGCGAAGAAUGGGUAAAGAAUCACGUGAGAGACGGGAUGACCUUGACCCUAGAGGUCAAUCCAGAGAAAAUUAUCGGGAAAGAUACGAACAUGGGGAGGAACAUCGCCGAGAUCCAAGAGAGAGGUUUGAUGAAGGCUUUCAGGAGUUCCCGGAUCGGUACCAGGAACGAUCUAGAUUCCAGGAUGAAAGAGACCAAUAUGAUCCAAGGGAACGACACAGACAUGAUCAAAGUUUUGAGCGAGGUAGAGAUAACCGGCGGGAGAGGUAUGAGGGAAGAGACAGACUGGCGGCAGAUCAAGGCAGAAUGCAUCAAGGAAGGGAAUAUUUUGGUGAUCGCCACCAGGGUAUGCAUGGCAUGGGGCGCGGUGCAGGCAGAGGGCGUGGUGCAUAUGAAGCAGGAAUGCGAGAGAGAGGCUAUGCACAGGACAGACAGGAACAGAUGCGAGGUUACCCUCCAGAGUUUGCUGAUCGACAGAGUCGUCGGUCGGAGUGGGAGGAUCGACGCCGUGGAGAGGUGUUUGGGCAGGGUCGUGACUGGGGGGAAAGACAUGACAUGCCACAUGAUGAGAGGUUUGACAUGAGGCGAGAUGACCACAGAUUUGAUGAGAGAGGUUUCCGUAGAGACGAUGACAGACCAGUUGGUCGAGAUGGAAGACCAUUGAGUCGUGGAAAUGAGGGACGAUCAAUUGAUCGAAACAUGCGGGAUAAUUGGAGGGACAGACCUGAUAUGAGGGAGGACAGGAUUGGAAUGAGAGAUGAACGAAUGAGAGAUAACAGAAUGGAUGAUAGGCGUCGUGAGAGACAUAGUCCAUCACCCUAUGAUAAACGUUACCGGGACGAUAGGUUCCCCCAUGACGAGAGGUUGUUUGGCCGUGAGGACGAAGACAGAAUGAGAGACGAGAGAAUGCCCAUGGAGAGAGGACGGGAUGACAGGAUGCGAGAUGCUGGUGAGAGAGACAGAGAUGUGCGGGGUGGGAUGGACAGAGGAAGAGAUGACAGGGGAAUGAUGGAGAGAGACAGAGGCCCCAUGGACAGAGGGAGAGAUGGGUCUGUGGAUGAGAGAGGGAGGGGGAACCGGGGGCGUGAUGACAGGGGACGGGAGGACAGGAUGGGGCUGGACCGAGGGAGGGAGGAGCGAGGUCCACUAGAUAGAAUGAAAGAGGACCGUGGAUCUUUAGACAGAGGUGAGGACCGUGGAUUCCUGGAUGAACGGAGACGUGAAAGAGGAUUCAGGGAGGACAGAAAGGGUGAGAGAGGAGCUAGAGAUGACAGAGGGUUUAGGGAUGAGGAGGACAGAUUCCGAGAUGAGAGAGGAUUCAGGGAGGACAGUAGAGGAGGUAAAUUUGAGAGAGACUUUAGGGAGGAGAGAGUAGGGAGAGAUGAGAGACAUAGAGAUGAUAGAGAGUUCCGUGGAUCUCGUGGAGAUCCAAGUCCUGAGGAUGAUAGAACACCAGAUCAAAGAAUUAAAGAGGAAAAGGAAGAUCAGGACAAGGUAUCUCGAGAUGGAAGUCCCAAAGAUGAGAGGCCGAGGAGCUCAAGCUCCAAAUCAGAACGUACAAAGGAUAAAAUGUCCAAAGACGAUCGAAAUAGUGAUAAAAGUUCAAAAGACUCUAGAAUGUCUAAAGAUGAAAAGAGUUCAAAAGAUGACCGUUGGAAAGAAGAUCGGUCCAAGGACAAGGGAGAAAGGAGGAGGAGGGAAGAUCGGUCCCCAAGACGGGACAAGGAAGAUCGGUCUCCCAAGAGAGAUGGAAAGAAGGAGGAGAAAGGCAAGUGGCCUCCACGAGAUGGGGAAGAACAGGACAGUGAAGCAGAGAGCGGGGAAGACUUGAAGCAGGAGGAGACUCGCAGCAGAGAUUCCAGGAAACGGGGCCAUGACAAGGAGGAACAGCCACUGUCUCCAAUCCCCAAGCGUCUUCGUGACAUCUCUCCAGCAAGUUCAUCUCGGAGCCGAGGCAGUCACAACAGCAGACGGCAUCCAGACCGAGAGCAACAGCGUUCCCGUCGCCGUGGUGACAGUGGAUCAGACAGGGAAGACAAGUCCGGCAGGAAGGGAAGUGUAGACAGGGAUAAAAAGUCACGGAAAAAGGAUGGUCCGUCCAUUGAUGCUGCAAGCAAGUCCGAAAAAAGUCGUAGUGUCAGUCCCAAACCAAGCAAGGAGAAGAAUGAAGACAAAGCAGAGAAGGGCAAGGCAAGAAGGAGGUCAUUGUCGGGGUCCAGUUCAAGAUCUAAGGAAGGAGCAGCGCCUCCAGAUUCCCAGGAGAAGAAGCCAGAACUGCCUCCAGCGGCACCUCGGAAAGCUGAUGACAACCUGUAUGAUGAAGACAACAUUUCAGCAAUUGUCUCCCUUGGAGGGAAGUCUUCACUAGCAGAUGAUGACAGAGCGUCAGACCACGCCAGUAUCCGGUCAGUGCAGUUCAGCGACUGGUCAGAGGACGACAUGGCUGACAACAUCCUGAACCAAGCCGAGGUAGAGAUUGAGAGAGAGGAGCGGCGCCAGAGAAGUCCGAGUCGGAGCAGUCUUGGUAGUCGAGGAAGUGCCCAUGACAGGAAGUCACAUGCCAGCCAUGAUCACAUGCUGGAAGCCAUUAAAGAAAGAGUACAUGGGGAGUCUAGCAGCAUGAUGGUGGCCUGCGAGGGAGAGGACAGUGGGCAGUGUGUCGGGCAGGACAAAGAUGGACAGUUCGAUGAGGACAUGGAGGCCCUGCCAGAGUACGAGCAGAUCUCUUCAGAUGAAGAUGGCUUCAUGGAAGAUGAUGGUGAAACACAACCAAGUAUAGUAAAUAUCCUGGACAUCGACUGGUCUAGCCUCAAGGAAGAAGCCAAGCCCAAACCCAAAGGUUCUGCCCUCAAGCGGUUCAGCCCUGCCAGUAUAUUCAGCCAGAUAGGGGUCUCACGGUUCCAGCCCUUGGUCACGCUUACAGGAGACUCCCGAGACGAACUAUUUGAGAAGAUCAAGACUGUGUGUCAGAAACAGCUGGAUGAGACCGAGAAGACGGAAAAUGAUGGAGCCGAUAAUAUCAAGGAGAAAACAUCCCAGAAGUUUGUUCUGCAUGACUCAGUAGCAGCCUUCCACUGUGCCGCUCUGCGGAAACUUCGGGAGCGAGCCAGUCUUCUGAAGAACAUCGGCCCCCAUCGCAGAGCACUGUGUGCACGCAAAGAUCUGGAGAUCCGGAGGAGACUUUGUAAAGUUGAUAAGGUGUUUGACCAGAGCCCAGUGUACCCCAGCCACGUGAUGGACACUGAUCUGUCCAAGCUGAGCAUCCAGCUGUUCCGCCAGGGCAGAGACAUCACCCCAGACAAGAAGGAGCCUGAGGCAGAGAUCAAAACAGAGGUGUCAUGUUCAACAUAGAUGCAGAGGGGGAUACCCA